CCAAAAAGUACACUACCUUCUUCUUCUUCGUCUCGCUAAAACCUUAUCUAUCCCUCUUCCUUUCUCCGCCCAUGGCCGCCUUCUCCGUCAACGGGCAGCUUAUCCCGGCGGCGACUAGCUCUACCAAUUCUUAUCCUCUCUCUUCUCGCAGGAAAUUUAUUUCGCCUUCCACAUCUCGUCUUCCUCGCUUCUCCUCACCAUCUCCUCGCGUCCCGUCGAUAAAAUGCAGCAGUAGCAGCUUACCUAGCCGAGAUACUGAGCCUUCUUCGAAGGAUUCUCUCCUUAAAAACCUAGCGAAACCUCUAGCCGUAGCCUCAGUCUCGUCCGCUGCUUCCUUGUUUCUAUUCCGAAUCUCGAAUCUUCCGUCGGUUCUGACCGGUGGAGGUGGAGGUGGAGGUGGAGGAGGAGAUGGGAAUUUCGGUGGGUUUGGUGGUGGAGGCGGUGAUGGAGAUGGUGGAUUUUGGGGGAAAUUGUUUUCUCCGGCUCCGGCGGUUGCUGAUGAGGAACAAUCACCGGAUUGGGAUUCUCAUGGUUUGCCGGCGAACAUCGUUGUGCAAUUGAACAAGCUUAGUGGUUUCAAGAAGUAUAAGGUUUCUGAUAUUAUGUUCUUUGAUCGACGGAGACAAACCACGAUUGGUACUGAAGACUCCUUCUUCGAGAUGGUCUCGAUUCGUCCCGGCGGUGUUUACACUAAAGCUCAAUUGCAGAAGGAGCUUGAAACCCUAGCUACUUGUGGAAUGUUCGAGAAGGUUGAUUUGGAAGGGAAAACGAAACCUGACGGAACCCUAGGUGUUACCAUCUCCUUUGCUGAGAGUACAUGGCAAUCUGCUGAUAGGUUCCGAUGUAUCAACGUUGGGCUGAUGGUGCAGUCGAAGCCGAUUGAGAUGGACUCGGAUAUGACUGAUAAAGAGAAGCUUGAGUAUUACAGGAGCUUGGAGAAGGACUACAAGAGGAGAAUCGAUAGGGCGCGUCCGUGUUUGUUGCCUGCACCUGUGUAUGGUGAGGUGAUGCAGAUGCUCAGGGAUCAAGGGAAAGUGAGUGCGAGGCUUUUGCAGAGGAUUAGGGACCGUGUUCAGAAAUGGUACCAUGACGAAGGGUAUGCUUGUGCUCAAGUUGUGAAUUUUGGGAAUUUGAACACUAAGGAGGUUGUUUGUGAAGUUGUGGAAGGUGAUAUAACUCAGCUGGUGAUUCAGUUUCAAGAUAAGCUCGGGAAUGUGGUUGAAGGGAACACUCAAGUUCCUGUGGUGCGCAGGGAAUUGCCUAAGCAGCUCCGCCAAGGCUAUGUUUUCAACAUUGAAGCUGGGAAACAAGCUCUUAGGAACAUCAACUCAUUAGGUUUGUUCUCUAAUAUUGAAGUCAAUCCACGCCCAGAUGAGAAAAAUGAAGGGGGAAUUAUCGUUGAGAUCAAACUGAAAGAGCUAGAGCAGAAGUCAGCUGAAGUCAGUACUGAAUGGAGUAUCGUUCCUGGGCGCGGAGGAGCUCCCACACUGGCUUCAUUCCAGCCAGGUGGGUCUGUUACUUUCGAACAUCGAAACCUCCAGGGUCUUAAUAGGUCUCUCAUGGGUUCAGUGACCACUAGCAACUUCUUGAAUCCUCAGGAUGAUCUUUCGUUUAAGCUUGAGUAUGUGCACCCGUAUCUCGAUGGUGUUUACAAUCCUCGUAACCGUACAUUCAAGACGAGCUGCUUCAACAGCCGCAAACUUAGCCCAGUAUUUACUGGAGGACCCGGUGUUGAGGAAGUGCCACCAAUUUGGGUUGAUCGAGCUGGUCUCAAAGCUAAUAUAACUGAGAACUUCACACGUCAGAGUAAGUUUACAUAUGGACUUGUGAUGGAGGAGAUAACAACCCGAGAUGAAAGCAGUCACAUUGCUGCAAAUGGUCAGAGACUACUACCUAGCGGUGGAAUCAGUGCUGAUGGACCUCCAACAACUCUCAGUGGUACCGGUAUCGAUCGGAUGGCUUUUCUACAAGCCAACAUCACCCGCGACAAUACCAAAUUUAUUAAUGGGGCAGUAGUUGGAGAGAGAACUGUCUUUCAGGUUGAUCAGGGACUGGGUAUUGGGAGCAAAUUCCCAUUCUUCAACCGCCACCAGUUAACCAUGACAAAAUUCAUUCAGCUGCUGCAAGUAGAAGAAGGCGCUGGUAAGCCACCACCACCAGUUCUAGUCCUCCACGGGCAUUACGGAGGCUGCGUUGGCGACCUUCCAAGCUACGAUGCUUUUGUCCUCGGUGGUCCGUACUCCGUCCGUGGCUACAAUAUGGGUGAGAUUGGCGCUGCUAGAAACAUUGCCGAGGUCAGUGCUGAGAUCAGAAUACCUGUGAAGAAUACGCAUGUCUACGCCUUUGUUGAGCACGGAAAUGAUUUAGGAAGCUCAAAGGACGUGAAGGGAAACCCUACAGCAGUCUACAGGAGAACGGGACAGGGUUCAUCCUACGGUGCAGGUGUGAAACUCGGAUUGGUCCGGGCGGAGUAUGCUGUAGAUCACAACAACGGAACCGGUGCUCUGUUCUUCCGGUUUGGAGAGAGGUAUUAAGGAUAAUGGAGAAGUUCAUGUAAUCCACACCUUAGGCUUUCCAAUUUCUCUCUUAAGGAUGUGCUAUUUUUCUAUAUAUAUAUUUUUUUUUUCUUGUGGUUUUUUGUUUCUACAUCUUUUUUCAAUAAUUGCUUAAUGUUAGUGUUUGCUGACGUUGAUGAGUUGUGUUGAGAAUCGGGAAAGCUUUUCUGCUUCGUAAUAUUCAUUGUUUCGUAAAAUCAGAGACACUGAUUUGAGCUUU